CCUUGUACUUUAAACAAUCAAGCUGAAAUUGUGUCUCUGAUCUACAUGCUUGACGGACUAUAUGCACACACAUUUUCAGGUCUUCAGCAUCUAUUGUGGCUGAGAUCCUCUAGGGGGGGGGGAGACUUUUGUCGUCUACUGUAUAUCGUAAUACUGAGUCAUGUAAUGCAGAAAAAUAUAAGAAUUUACAGACGUGCUUUUUUUUUCAACCUAAUAAUAUGAUUUUAGAAGUGAGAAUCAUUGUUAUUAAAUUAUUGAAUGGUUCGAUCAAGUGUAAUAAAAUUGUAUUAAACAAAAAAAAAAAAAAAAUAAACUGAAAAUUAUUCAUCAAAUGUAGCAUAUUAAAAAUCAUUGUUUUUUUUUUCGGUGUAGUUUGUUUUUAAAAUGAAUCACUCUUAUAUACUCAAUCACUUUCUCUAUUGAUUUAGUAUAUAGUGUACGUUUAUAUCUAGAUAAAUAUUUCAAUUCCAUCAAUCGAGGAGCAAGUGAAUUGACUCUCGAUAAAUGUUACUUGUAGAAUUCAAUCUAUUCAUUUUACCUAAAGAAUUUGAAUUUUUUAUUUCUAUCUUCUUAACGAAACAACAAGCAAACUCUAAUUUAAUUAUAACUUGAUGAAUUUCAGGUUCUGGAACAUUAUGUGAAACAUUAUUAAUGGUACAAGCAUUUUUGGCUAAUGUUAUUUUUCCAAAUAAACACGAAGAUGAACAGUAUAAAUAUACAAAUGAUGGUCAUUUACUUGUUUCAGAAACUUAUGUUGGUGCAAGUGUUGAAGCACUUGAAUCAGGUGUUUUUCGUAGUGAUAUACCAUGUCGAUUUAAAAUUGUUCCUGAAACAAUUCAAUAUUUAAUUGAUAAUAUUGAUCGAACACUUCAACAAUCAAUUGAAAUUGAAGAAAAAUUAUCAAUGGAUUUAAUAGAAAAUUUAUCCGAAAUAAAAGAAGAUAUUCUUCAACGAUUACAACAUUUAAAAAAUGUUCCAAAUCGUCUUGAAAAUCCAAAUAUAUAUCAUUUAGAUGUUGGUGCUAUGUAUCCAAAUAUAAUUUUAACAAAUCGUUUACAACCAUCAGCUAUUGUUGAUUCAACAAUAUGUGCACAAUGUGAUUUAAAUCGUCCAAAUGCACGUUGUCAACGUAAAAUGGAUUGGAUAUGGCGUGGAACAUAUGUUCCGGCUACACGUAAUGAAUUACAACGUAUUCAAUUACAACUUGAAAAUGAACGAUUUUCAUUUAAUGGACAAUCAAUUGAAAAAAAAUCAUUUCUAGAUACAUCAAAAAAAGGAACAAAUACAGCUAGCAAUAAUAAUAAUAAUAAUAAUACUCUAUCAUUUCAUGAAUUACCACAAGAAACUCAAUUAUCAAUUGAACGUAAACGUUUAGCUGAUUAUUGUCGUAAAGCAUAUAAAAAAGUCAAUCAUACACGAGAAGAAACUCGUGAAACAACUGUAUGUCAAUGUGAAAAUUCUUUCUAUGUUGAUACAGUUCGUGCAUUUCGUGAUCGACGUUAUGAAUAUAAAGGUUUACAUAAAAAAUGGAAGAAAAAUUUAACAAAUGCAGCAAAAAAAGAUGAUCUUAAUGAAGCUAAACGAUGUAAUAAUUUAAUUGUUAUUUAUGAUUCAUUACAACUUGCACAUAAAUGUAUUCUUAAUUCAUUUUAUGGUUAUGUCAUGCGAAGAGGUGCUCGUUGGCAUCGAAUGGAAAUGGGUGGUAUUGUAUGUACAACAGGUUCAACUAUCAUCAAACGUACUCGAGAACUUAUUGAACAAAUUGGACGACCAAUUGAACUUGAUACAGAUGGUAUAUGGUGUGUAUUACCAGCAACAUUUCCUGAAAAUUAUGAAUUAAUAACACGUGAUCCAUCACGUCCAAAAGUUGUUAUAUCUUAUCCAUGUAGUUUAUUAAAUUUAACUAUUAAAGAUCAUUAUACAAAUGAUCAAUAUCAUGAAUUAGUUGAUAAAGAAAAACAUCAAUAUAAAAUUCGUUCAGAAAAUUCGAUUUUCUUUGAAAUUGAUGGUUCUUAUUUAGCUAUGAUAUUACCAGCAUCAAAAGAAAAAGGAAAACGUAUAAAAAAACGUUAUUGUGUAUUUAAUAUGAAUGGUACUAUAGCUGAAUUAAAAGGUUUCGAAGUAAAACGUAAUGGUGAAUUACAAUUAAUAAAAAUAUUUCAAGCAAGUGUUUUCGAAGCAUUUCUUAAAGGAACAACACUUGAAGAAUGUUAUAAUCAUGUUGCAACUAUUGCUGAUUAUUGGCUUGAUAUGUUAUAUUCACAUGCAAAAGAUAUAUCGGAUAAAGAAUUAUUUGAAUUAAUUUCAGAACGAAGAACUAUGUCAAGAAUGUUAUCCGAUUAUGGAGAACAAAAAUCAACAUCUAUUUCGACAGCUAAAAGACUUGCUGAAUUUCUCGGUGAAGGUGUUAAUAAAGAUAAAGGUCUUUGUUGUCGUUUUGUUAUUGCUAAUGUUCCACGUGAUACACCUGUUACUGAAUGUGCUAUUCCAUUAGCUAUAUUUCAAUCAGAACAAUCUAUACGUAAUCAUUAUUUACGUAAAUGGUUACGUCUUACAAGUAUUGAUAAUCUUGAUANUUAUUUUCUAAAAUAG